UGGGCAUUCCUGGGCAGUGCCCGCUUUCCCUGCCUUGGGGGGCGCCUUGGAGCUCUUGGAGGUGUUGCCCGCGCCCUCCCCCCCGCCAGCGUUGAGAUGAGCUUCUUUGGGUUCGGACAGAGCGCGGAGUUGGAGCUGGUCCUGAGCGAUGCCGAGAGCAGGCGCCGGGCGGAACAUAAGACAGAGGAAGGCAAGAAGGAGAAAUACUUCCUUUUCUAUGAUGGCGAAACCGUUUCCGGGAGGGUCAUCUUAACGCUCAAGCACCCAAACAAACGCCUGGAACAUCAGGGCAUCAAGGUGGAAUUCAUUGGGCAAAUUGAAUUGUACUACGACCGAGGGAACCAUCAUGAAUUUGUGUCGCUGGUGAAAGAUUUGGCCCGUCCUGGUGAGUUCACCCAGUCGCAGACCUUUGACUUUGAAUUCACCCACGUUGAGAAACCGUAUGAAUCCUACACUGGGCAGAAUGUGAAGCUAAGGUAUUUCCUCCGUGCCACUGUGAGUCGCAGAUUGAACGACGUGGUGAAAGAGAUGGAUAUCGUGGUGCACACACUGAGCACGUAUCCAGAGCUUAACUCCUCCAUUAAGAUGGAGGUGGGGAUUGAAGAUUGCCUGCACAUUGAGUUUGAGUACAAUAAAUCCAAGUAUCACUUAAAAGACGUGAUCGUAGGGAAGAUCUACUUCCUCCUUGUCCGGAUCAAGAUCAAACACAUGGAGAUUGACAUCAUCAAGAGGGAAACCACAGGCACGGGGCCCAAUGUUUACCAUGAAAAUGACACCAUUGCCAAAUAUGAGAUCAUGGAUGGCGCCCCGGUGAGAGGAGAAUCCAUCCCCAUUCGGCUCUUCUUGGCUGGUUAUGAACUGACGCCCACCAUGAGGGAUAUCAAUAAGAAGUUCUCGGUGCGCUAUUACCUCAAUCUGGUGCUAAUUGACGAGGAGGAACGGCGUUAUUUUAAACAGCAGGAGGUGGUGUUGUGGCGCAAGGGCGACAUUGUGAGGAAAAGCAUGUCCCACCAGGCUGCCAUUGCUUCUCAGCGCUUCGAAGGAACACCCUCCCAGACAGAGAGCAGGAUGCUCAGCCAGCCGUCAGAGAACAACGGGCGCCAGUGAGGGCCCUUGGAGUAGCCCCGGACGGGGAAGGGGAACCUAGAGCGCAUCUUCACCAGAAACUUGCAAACACAAAAUUAUCUGUCAGGUUGUGUGUGUACGUGUGUGUUUUCUUUGUCUUUUCUCUUGAGGACCAGCGGUUUUCAGGAUGGGGAAGGGGGGUUGGCACACAUUGUGGGAAUAUGGCUGUUUCUCUCUACCUUCAGUAUUUGUGGAUAAGCUGCAAGGGCAGAUCUGAUGAGUUUCUUAACGUUGUAUUGGAAGAGGACCGUGGAAAAUCCUUUUGUUUUGUUUUUCUUAAGAGUGUCCCAGUUUCUCUCUCCGGGAAGCCAUGUGCUUCAGCAUGUCUGUGCAUCCAGCGAGGUUCAACAAUGCAUUUUGCGAUCACAUGUGAAUAUAUCAUGGGUCCAACAUUCCCCAGACUUCUGAUGGCUGAGGCACAUGGGCAGCCACGGGCUGUGUGUUUGUGUGUAGAAGCGGCACACAUUCUCAUGUCAUCACCCAAAUGAUGCAAGUUGCAUAAUUCCCGUCCUUUGCACGACGGGGUCAUGUUGUGCAUGACGUCGUCCUGGCUUGUACCAGAUGCUGAGAAGUCAGUCUGUUUUGGUUCUGGUUUUUUUUUAAAGCUGGUAAGCACAGUUUGUUCCUAAAGGUUUUAUUUCUAAGGGUUUUAUCCCUUAAAGAAGGUGAAAAGAAGAACAACCUGCCUUUGGAGGUGAUAGCAUUAUGUUUCUGUAUGAAUCACUGUUCGAAACGCACCUCCUGAAUGGAAGAAAUAGAGUACGGAGCACCGUGACUGGCAGACCAGUAUGUCAACUAGGAGGUGGAGGAAAUGGCCGAACCAUACAGGGAGGCAACGGGGAAACUCCUUGGAACAGUUUUCUUGCUGUAGAUUCUGACACACGCCUGGCAAGUUUCUGUCUUAAAUCUUUCAGGUUUGUUAGCACUAUUGGGUGAAAACAAUUCUGCACAGCAGUGCGCCCUAGACUGCAGAGAGGGGGUGAAGAAGGAAAUCCAGCCCAAACAUCUUUGCUUAAACUGAGGUGACUGAAACACACGCUCCUUGCGUCUGUCAAAGUCAUCUUUUUAAGCCCUGUCAGAUGCUCUUCUUCUCCCCCGAUUCCCAAGAAUUCUGUUGCUUCUCCCACUCUUGGUGCACCUGCUCCUAAAACGUAUGUGUGUGUGUUGUGAUAAAACAGAAGAACCACCUACCGCCACCCCGGAGGAGUUCCUCUGCUGCAUCUCUGCCUGAUAUGCUGUUCUGAAUUUGUUUCCUGCUGGGACAGCGUGCCUCUGCGUGGAACAUCUGGUUGCUCUUGUGCAGAAAAGUUGCUUUUGGAGGAAGAUAGCUGAAACAAUCGAUCAUGGACAGAAUUGUCUUCUCUGAAAAACGGGACAUCAGCCACCUAACUUAGCAACGUUGCCGGACAGUUGAUCGCUUCCUUGAGCACGUUGCCCCCCUCUCCCUCCUGCCUGGCCCCAGGACUUUUACUUUGCUUCUGAGAUCGUUCAGGCUAGGAAGAUCUACGGUGAGUGGCCCGCAGAAGAGACCCAUCACCGUUCAGCUAAGGCUGAGUUCAGGUGCCACUCUCCAAACAGAGAAAGUAUCCAACUUUAAAGUUUAGCUGAAGAUACCGGUGUACGGAGUGACCUGGGUGUGUCUUAGCAGAGCUCAGGCUGUGUUUUCCUGUUUGUUUUUUCCUCUUCAAAAUUAAUUAAGGACAGUCUUGUCUGAUUCUUAUUCCCCAGCCCCAUUUUGUGAUAAAUAAUGCACUUUCUGCUCUAGCGGUAGAUUGAAAUCACUGAUGAUUGUUUGCAAAUAUUCUUGAAGUGUGUGAAAUCAAUCUACGGUUGCUCCCGUUUCUGUCUCAUUCAGCAGCAUGGUAAAUACUGUCCUGGUCCAUCUUUGGACUUCAGCACUUUUAGGACUCCCCCGCCCUCCCCUUUUUUUUGGUGGUGGUUCUCUUAAAUCAGGGUGGAUUGUCUGGGGCUGUGUGAGGCUUCAGUUCCCUUUGUUUGCAUCACCAGAGUUCAGCAGCAAAGCUCUGAAAAACAGGUGUGACUUCUACCAAUUUGGGGAAAGAACAAAAUAGUUGGGUUAAGGCUGCUGCUAAGCUGAACGCAUCUCAGUUGUCUUUUGUUUUAAAAAAAAAAGUUAGUCUCUAAAAUGGUUGCCUGAUUCUGCCAUAGAGGAUGGGAAUUAGAAUUGUGAACUUUUCCUUCCUCCAGAAAGGAAGGGAAAGUAUUAUACUACUUGCUGUGCUUUUAAACUACUUGCGGUAUGCAAUUUGGAUAUAAACUGAAUAAAUAACUGAAAGGUAAGUAGCCAAUUGUUUUAAGAAUUCUGGACCGGUCUUAUUCCUGGUCACCUAAGUUUCUAUGAGGUGUCUGCGAAAACAUGGAAAGAUACAACCGUCUCACUUUUCGUUUUACAGUAAAGCCAGAUUUCUAGCCACCGUGGACGUCGAGAUCUAAAGUUUGUGGGCCACGCCCUGCUCAAAUUUCAGAAGUACCCGUUUGACAGGAAGAAUUCCAGUGGUUCCCUUUCCCUCUUGGCCAGAAAAGUGAGAAUUGGUUCUGCAGAAACGUAAGAAACUUAGGGCCUCCGGGACACCCCUUUGCCUAGUCAGCAAUUUGGGGAGGUAUCUCAGGCUUUCCGGAACUGACUGCUCCAAGUAUAGGACGCUUAUUCUGAACUGGGAAUGCUUUCAGAAUGAUCGAAACCGCCCAUUUUCAUACUCAGACUGGCAUUAGGAGAGAGAAGGUAAAGUAUUCAUUGUCAGGAAGGUAGAUUUCAUAGAUAGGCAUUGUUCUUGUAAGCCAGUUUGGUUUAAAGGUGGCUUCUUGAGCAAGAGAGAGCAUGCUAAGACAUAAACUGUGUGUAAAUCACAGUGUCCAAGUUCAUCUUUCACAAUGAGCCGACAUCAAGCCAACCACAAAAUGACUUGGUGCACUGUGUGAAUCUGGCCAUGGUGCCUUGUAAAUCGUAGUUAUGGAUUAGCAUUAUGUGUGAAUUGAGCCACUGUAGCCUAAUUAUAGUAGCCAUGGCUAAUAGACUAACCAGGCAGAUAAACCUUAAUCAAAAUGAACCUUGGUUAACGUAAACCAUGGCUUAGUACAGUAGUGCACAUCAGAGGCCAAAAUGUCAUGGAAUUCCUGAAACCUUGAGAGUUGAGAAUGUUCUCAAAAGCUGUCGCUCAUUCAGGGUGGUUAAUAUGAAGAAGAGGAAACACUAUCAGUUAGUUGGGGAACGAUCUUACUAACUGUAUUUAAUUUUAUUCUAUUUAAAUUAAAUAUGUAUAUAUUUUUACCCUGGCCCCACCAGCGUCUUUGUUCUGGCUCUGCCUACUUUUUGCAGGAUGGACCCGUGUCCAACCCUUGCAAAAGGUUGUGCACCCUUGCCUUGGUGUAAUGUUUGAGUCCAACCAGGAAGUCACUCAGUUGGGAAGCCAAGGUGUCUUGUGCACUGAGUCUAUUUGAGAGAGACACACCAUACAAGCCUUCUCUGAGGAUACUUUCCCACCCUUCUAAGAUUUCAUUAGGAAGGGUGAAGAUGGAAGCUUUUAUGAAUAGUACCACCAUUUUCCCUGGGCUGAAGCAAGAGAAAGAUUUAUGGAAAACAUAUUAUCCUAAGCUUCCCUUACUCUUUCUGAGAUUCUUCAGCUGCAGCAUCAUUGCCAAGCCAGAAUGAUGGCAGAACUAUCCCGUCAUUUCUCUGAGAACUUUACCACUUGGUGACUGUUCAUCUGUUCUUUCCAGUUCAGAAGAAAAUCAGGUUGUCAAAAAGAUGCAGAUAACCUUAGCUGAUAGUCCAGGAUGCUUUCAGCUCACUUAUUAGGACCACAGAGACAUCAACUUGCCUGGAAAUGUGUUUUUUUAUUAAAAAACAAAAAGUUCAAAAACAGCUGUUUUCUGCCUUCUGAAGGCAACUGUGUGUGAUGGGUCUAUAGUGGACUUCGAAAGAACCAUUCAUCCUAUGUACUUGUAUUCUAUACGACAGCGUGGUUCGGAAAUGUUAUUUCAAAGCUGCUGAGGAAAUAAACUUGCUCCUCUUAUUUACCUUCUCCAGCCGUAGGAGAGAAAGUUGGAAAACUUUUAGAAGUGAAAUUCAACUACUAGGUUGGUCCUCUGAGCCAGUGAAAUGGAGAUGUAGAUACAUUUGGUUAUUCCACAGAAAAGCAAAAGGGGGAAAAACCAGGAGAGGGGUGGAGGACCCGUUUCUUGAGAAGCAUUUUGAGUGUUCCUCAAAAACAUCUUCCUUGUUGCUUCCAAUCACAAAGUUACUUCGAGGUGUGCUAUAGGGAUGGGUGCAUGGUCUUUCCAUUCCCCCCCCUCCAGCAAUCUGCCCACGAACUUGCAAUGUCAAAUGGUUGAUUUCUAAUUAUGAAAAAUACUGUGUUGGCUGACAUAACAAUUUGUUCGGCUGUGAUGGAGAACAUCGCGGUCUCCAAUCUUGUGCCCUGCAGGUGUGUUGGACCUCAACUCCCAGUAGCCUUAGCUGGCAGACCAGGUGGAAAUCUGGAAAUCCAGUGCAUUUGGCAGGCAGCCAGUUGGGGGAAACUGCCAUAUCCCUCCACUUCUGGUGAUUCCUUUCCUCGAACUCUGUUUCUACCAAGCCAUCUUAGCAGUGUUUAUUUCACAUCAGCUCCAGCACGAGAAAAGUCUCCUAGUUUGUCUCCAACUUGGGAGAACACAGACAAAAAGUUGUGUGAGGAACAAUGUAGGGAGUCCCUAAUAAUCAGGCUGCCUUUCUAGGGGGGAAAAAAAAUCCAUGGGGAAAGGGGAUCUACUGUUAAGCUGUGCAACAUGUAAAUUUUAAGCUUGUACAUUGUUUACAUGUUUAACCCAUUGUCUUUUAAAUGUUUGUAUUUUAAAAAGGAUGGGAAGUUUUCUUUUGACGCCAAUUAAAAAGGGGCUGUUCUUGCCUUUUAAAAGUUA